AUGAAGGAUUCGCUGUUCUAUCGCCUCUGGCGCCGGGAAUGCGGGGAGCUGUCGCCCGACGCGAGUCUGGGGGGUAUCUAUGGGUCGAAAGAGUGGAUCGACGAUCUGGACAUUGUGAACGAGUUGGGUGGCCAUACGGGAUGCGUGAAUGCUCUCAGUUGGUCCCGCUCGGGGCAGCUCCUAGCCUCGGGCUCGGACGACAAGCGUCUGAAUAUCUACUCGUAUCAACCGGACUCCUCGACGGCCCCCUUCGCCUUAAACACCACCGUUUUCACCGGCCACAAAGCUAAUAUCUUCUCGGUGAAGUUUAUGCCACACUCCAACGAUCGCACCUUGGUCACUUGCGCCGGCGAUUCCCAGGUGCGCAUUUUCGACAUCGAGUAUUCUGGCAGUAAUGUCUUCUCGACAACGGCGGCGUCAGCUCAGAGCCAACGGUUUGAUACCUUUUUCGCGGGGGCUCGGUAUCUGGGGGUGGAGAAUACCAACGCCCGUAUUUACCGCAGCCAUGCCGACCGCGUGAAGCGGAUCGUCACCGAGUCGUCGCCUCAUUUGUUUCUAACCUGCUCGGAGGAUGGUGAGGUUCGGCAAUGGGACUUGCGUCAGCCAUCCAGCGCCUACCUUGCUCCCCGGGGUGGCCAAGGUUUUAUGGCCUAUCGUCCCGGGCUGGAGCACGAUGAUUCCAACGUGCCACCACCCUUGAUUUCUUACAAAGGAUAUAAUCUCGAUCUUAAUACCAUAUCUUGCUCACCAAGUCAACCACACUACAUUGCUUUAGGCGGGGCCCAUUUGCAUUGCUUCCUGCAUGACCGGCGUAUGCUCGGCCGCGACACAUUGGCUGAACGAGGCAGCGCUGGGGCCGGCGCAUCCACCCCAAGCACAGCCAGCUUCGACGAAGAGGCCAUGGGUAAGGCCACUCGAUGUGUACGCAAAUUCGCACCGGGCGGUAAGCGUCGUAUGAAACGCCUCGACGACGGGCACAUCACUGCCUGUAAGAUCAGUGAUGCAAACCCCAACGAGAUCGUGGUCAGCUGGUCUGGAGACCACAUCUAUAGCUUUGACUUGAUCCGGAGCCCAGAUGCCGGGGAGGCUGAGACGGAAGUAACAGCAACGAAGAGUCCCAGUUCACGUCGCCGGCGGAGUUCCCGAAGUCGGAAGCGCAAACGUCCAAAACCUGAAUCGAUGUCAUCACAAGAGAGUGGUGCUAGGCAUCAAUCUCACCGUCGGUCAGUGGAGCCGAACACAUUUCGCGUCCACUACGCCAACGGUGAAGAAGAAGAUCUCCCCUUUCCUACAGAGUCGAACAGCAUGUCCGAGACUGCGGAAAAUAUGAUUGAACGAGCGCGAUACGCCGUGCUGAACGACGCUCAGCGUCUGAGUCUGCAGAUCGCAAAGGGCUUGGUCAAACUCCGGAGCUCUCUGUUCUCGCUGGAGACGACCAUCCGGGAAGCAACGGGGUCUGACCAGGAGGACCUCACGCCGUACACGGCCUCUUUCUCGUCUGCUCUGAAGCUGGCGUCCACAUACCUCCCCCAGAUGGAUGAAGUCAUCCGUCACUGGACCUAUCCGAUGAAUCCAUCUCGCGAUACCGUUACCUUCCAGCAAUCACUCCGCCACAACCGCCAAGCUUCGUGGAGAUUUGUGCAAGCCGCUGGCACUAUUGCACGAGCUCUUGGUGGCCGGGUGGAGGCUGAUAUCGAAGAUGACCCGGCUGUAAUAGAUGAUUUUCAGAAGAUUAGCCCAGCUCCGGGUGAGGAUGGGUCUAUUGACCCAGAGUCACAAUUUGGCUAUGAUUUCCUAAAAGCGAUUCUUCUCUGGCUGCAAGGGGGUAGAUCGGCUCUUCUUGCUGGCUUCAAACCCGACGGGGUUUACCGACGGUCUUCUUCUCGAUUUCCAAUCCCUGCAGAUGCAGGAGAGGACGCCAUUGACACCGUGCUUGUCCCUUAUCUCCAAGAGCUGGCGAAGGACUCUCCCAUCGUGAAUGUUGAUGCUUCCCGGUUCGAGCACGAUGCCACUCGCAUACUGUUCCAAACCCAACGGGCGGCUGUAACAGCAUUUGGGAACGCUGUCCGGAUCCCCUUGGAGAAUCUCGCAACCUCGGCCGCGCGGGUUGACAGACGCCGGGUGUCAAAUUCAUCCUCGAGUGUACGCUCUCUUGACCGAUCAUCUGCAACCCGGUUUUGGAUUCUGCGGGUGUGCAGAGGGAUCUUGAUGGAAGCAGGGAAUGGUGUGAAUUACACUUUUGUCAAUCGCGCUUUUGGCGGAUUGCGCACCACUCUGGACGAGGACUCUGACAGUGACUUGGGCCAGGAGAGGUCUCAGGAUGAUAUCGAGACCAAUGUGGAGGAAGAGCCAAUUCGUGAUAUUAAUCUGGUGAGAACCGGUUCUACGACACGGAGCACACGGCGCAGUCACAAUCAAGCAGACCCAUCUUCAACCGACGGUGAAGCGGAAACUUCAAGUGACAACGACAGUGAGGAAGAAGAAGAAGAUGACGAUGAUGAUGGCGAAGCCGUUGGUGGCUGGGAUAUGUCCUCAGACGAAGACGAGGAUGAUGAGGAUGACUCCGAUGCAGAAGAGAAUUUCGCUCGGCGGUAUGGAAUCCGGAAGACGCGCCGAGAAGACGUGGAGCUCGAGGUUCCGUGCUCAUCUCACACGCGCGUGUACCGGGGCCACUGCAAUAUCAAAACCGUCAAGGAUGUCAACUUUUUCGGGCUGAACGAUGAGUAUGUGGUCAGCGGCAGUGAUUCGGGCCAUAUUUUCAUCUGGGACCGCAAGACUGCGAACCUGGUCAAUAUCCUGGAAGGCGACAGCGAAGUCGUUAACGUCGUGCAAGGUAAGCUUGCUGGUCUAUACGAGAUGAAAUUCGACUCAAAUGUUGAUUGUGUGCAGGUCACCCCUAUGAGCCGACCAUCGCCGCCUCGGGCAUCGACAACACGAUCAAAAUCUUCUCCCCAGACCGACGCGCCCAGGAAGAUGCUCGCAAGGGUAUCAAUAUCCUUGAUCCGGAUAACCCAUCCAACAUCCUCUCGGCGAAUGUGUCUGGUUUCGGGGGGCUCCAAAGUCGGAAGAGGCUUCAUGAUAGCUACCGGAUCAUGA